AUGGUCAAGACUCUCCCCUUUGGCGGCAUCCGCGUCCCAGUACCGGGGUUCGGUGCAAUGGGCAUAACGUCGGCCAUGGGCACUAGGCUCUCGGCUGAGCAGGCGGAGCCUGUGCUUCUAAAAGCAAUCGAGCUGGGCUGUACCUUUUGGGACACUGCUGUUGCGUACGACGCAGGUCUUAACGAGAAGAUCCUCGGGGAUUUCAUCCGCAAGCACAACGUCCGGGAUAAGGUUUUUGAGACACCUCUGUCGGAGUCCAUCGCUGCUCUUGACGAGAUUCGGAAGGAGGGGAAGACCAAGUACAUUGGCCUGUCAGAGUGCUCUGCCAAAGCCCUGCGCGAGGCUAACUCGAUCGCAAAGGUCGAUGCGGUCCAAGCGGAGUAUUCUGCCUUUGAGACCCUCCAUGAGGAGAGCGGCCUAAUUCAAACGGCCAAGGAAUUGGAUGUUGCCUUUGUAGCGUUCAGCCCGUUGGGCCACGGCUGGUUGGUCGACAACUUCGACUAUCAGAGCCCCGACGACUUCGCGCCCGAUGACUUCCGUCGAACUGUCCCCAAGUUCCAGGGAGAGAGCUUUUACAAGAACAAGGCCAUCGUGGACGAGAUGAAGAAGAUCGCUACCGAAAAGGGCUGCUCUCUUGCUCAGCUUGCCCUGGCCUGGGUGGCUGCCCAAGGUCUCAUCACCAUCCCGGGUACUACCAAGCCGAAGAGGCUGGAGGAGAACCGGGCCUCCCGGGAUGUGGAGUUGUCGGAGAGCGAGGUUCUUGCCAUCAGGAAGCUGGUGGAAGCCAACAAGCCUGAGGGCAAGAGAUUCUCAGCAAUGCAUGAGGCCGCAGUCGGCCACUAG